CCCGUCUGAAGUUUGCCAAAGCUGGAGGAGCGGCAUUGAUCCACAUCUUUGACCUUCUCGCUGCAGGUAAACCUUAGAAUGUAUAUCGUGUCUUUAAGGAUGUUAAUCGCCGCGGGUGACUCUUAUUGAACGUUUGAAAGCUGGAAGAUCUUCACCGUGAAUAACAAACUAAAGGCUGCAACGUUGCACGCUAGAAUUUGAGGAAGGAAGUUGUUGCAACACGAUAAAUCAGAAAUCAGGAAACAUUUAUUGCCAUGACAUGUCAGACAUACGGAAUAAUAAUAACAUAAGGCCACUUUAUCUAACCGUCGUUCCCUUUUAGGGAGUCGGUUGUUGAAAAUAAAUUAAUCACUCAAACGGGAAAUGCAUCGUGGGAGGAGUUUCACAAACAAGAAUCCCUUAGGUUUCGUUUCUUGGGUGGAGUCGCAGCAUUUUGCAGAGCAAAAGGAGUUUUACGCCCGCUGGAGGAGCGGCAUUGAUCCACAUCUUUGACCUUCUCGCUGCAGCCAGCGCAUGUCCAGGCCCGUCUGAAGUUUGCCAAUGAAGAUCCGGAUGAUCCAGAGGAGGUGUGGGAGAAGGUCAUGUGGUCUGAGGAGACGAAAAUAGAGCUUUUUUUUGGGCCUAAAGAGUACAACCCCAAGAACAUCAUCCCAACCGUGAAGCAUGGAGGUGGCAACGUCAUUCUUUGGGGAUGCUUUUCUGCAAAGGGGCAGACUGCACCGUAUUGAGGGGAGGAUGGACGGGUCCAUGUAUCGCGAGAUCUCUGCCAACAACUUCCUUCCCUCAGUAAGCGAAUUGAAGAUGGGUCAUGGCUCGGUCUUCCAACAUGACAACGAGCCAAAACACACAGCCAGGGCAACUAAGGAGUGGCUCCGUAAGAAGCCUCUCAUGGUCCUGGAGUGGCCGAGCCCGUCUCCAGACCUGAACCCUGUAGAAAAUCUUAUCUGUAUGGAGGAAAUCCCUUCUGCAGUGUGCAAACCUGGUCAAGAACCACAGGACAUGAUGUUUAAUUGCAAACAGGUUUCUGUACAAAAUAUUAAGUUAUGCUUUUCUGAUGUAUCAAAUACUUAUGUCAUGCAAUACACUGAUAUAUGUUUUUUAAAUCAUGUGAUUUUCUGGAUUUGGUUUUAGUCAGAGUACCAAUGAUACAAAUUGCAGACUCUUAAAUGCUUUGUAAGUGGGGCAGUUCAAUACUAUGCGGCGCAAGAUUUCAUAUUUAAAUGUUGUAGUGGUUUCCUAUAAUAAGACUGUGGUUUCCAGACUGUUCGUCUUUGCCACUUUAUCAAACCGUCGUUCCCUUUUAGGGAGUCUGUUAACCAACGCGACGCAGACCAAAGUCCGUUUUGUUUUCUUUCCAGAGGGUCUGUUGAAAAUAAAUGAAUCCCUCAAACAGGAAAUGCAUCGUGGGAGGAGUUUCACAUACAAUCCCUUAGGUUUCGUUUCUUGGGUGGAGUCGCAGCAUUUUGCAGAGCAAAAGGAGUUUUACGCCCGCUGGAGGAGCGGCAUUGAUCCACAUCUUUGACCUUCUCGCUGCAGUUUCCGUUCGUCGUCAUGAAUGAUUUUGUUCGGGAUAAAUUAACUGAAUGGGGUCUCCUCGAGUGGAUAGAAACAUUUGAAGAAGAAGGCGUUGAUGAAGAAAGUUUUUACUCUCUGGAGGAUCAAGAAAUUGCCGAAUUGAUCCCAAAAGUCGGACCACGAUCAAGAUUCAAGAAGAGACUGAAGUUGUUGAAGAAGGAGCAAAACACAGCAAAUCCAGAUACAGCUGAUGCGCCUGCUCAAGUCAUUCCGUCCCCCAGUGGAACAAGUAAUGAAGGAAAGAGAAAGUCUGAUCUCCAGGGCGAGUCCAAUCAACAGCAAUCACCGACUAAAAAAAAACGCCUUGCCAAAGGACCAGGAGCCUACUCAGAAGAAAUCAUACAGGCAGAUGUGGAAAACAUAAUGAGAUGUGUCCUAAAGAAAAUACCUGACCAAGGAAACAACCUGAACGACUUCCUGAGGAGAAAAAUCCAUGAUUUGAAGACUGACAAGAGGGAGGUGGUUGGUGUCUUUGGCCAAACCGGAGCUGGAAAGAGCUCUUUGAUAAAUGCUGUCAUUGGAUUGAAGAAGUUCUUGCCCUCUGGAAGCAUCAGUGCAUGUACAUCAGUCUCGAUUAAAGUGGAGGCUAACAUGCAGAACUCAAACUACGAGGCGAUCAUUGAGUUUAUUACAAAAGAGGAGUGGAGAGAUGAGUUGUGGUUCUCAAUAAACUUUCGGUUGGAAGAUGAGGAAGAUGACUCAGAAUAUAGGGACAUUGAUGAAAAGCUGUCAGCGCUGUAUGGAGAAGACUGGAAAGAAAAAUCUGACCUCAUGGAUGCCAAAUAUUUCAAAGAGAUCCCCGAAUUUCUCCUUUCCAAGGAGAAGAUUUUGACAACUGAUAAAGCCAAAGACUUACCUGAAAAAUUAAUCAGAUACACAAGAACCAAACAAGAUAACGCAGAAGAUAAAGGCACAAAGAGGUGGUAUUGGCCGCUAGUGAAGUGUGUGACCAUCAAGGUGCCAAACGCUGAUCUUCUUAAGCAUGUCACACUCGUGGAUCUUCCUGGAAGUGGGGACAGUAACAAGAGCAGAGACAAGAUUUGGAAAACGGUCGUUGGAAGUUGUUCCACUAUCUGGAUCGUGGCUGACAUUAAUCGAGCAGCAUCAGACAAAGAAGCCUGGGAUAUCCUGAAAGAUGCCUGCAGCUACAUGGGAAAUGGUGGCCAGUGUAAUCAGAUUCACUUCAUCUGCACCAAAUCUGAUCCUCAUUCAGAUGCAGACGAUACUUCAAAAGCUGGUAUUCGUGAUUUCAUCUUAAAAAGAAACCAGCAAGCCAAAGCCAAAGUGAAACAGGAAUUUAACCAACUAAAUGAGGUUAAGAAACACUUCAGUAAUGAAAGUUUCGAACACAGUUUCAAGAUCUUCACAGUGAGCUCCGUAGAGUUUCUGAACCCGAAACAUCUAAAUAAAGAACAAACUGAAAUACCCAAACUUCAGGAGUUCCUGCAGGAGCUCAAUGACUGUCACCGAGAGACGUUGAACUACGUGUCCGGAGCCCGCGGGAUUCUCUCUCUGAUUCAAGGGGCCAGCCACAGAGGAGGGUCUGAGAUAAAGAAAGAUGUGUGCACAAUCCUUGAAGAAAAGAUGACAGAUGAACUUGAAAAAGUUCAUAAACAAAUGGAAGAAACUUACCAGGCUUUUGAAAAGUGCCUCAGUGCGGGAGUUGAAAAAUCUGAAAGUCACUGUGAAAGAGCCUUGGAGUCGGUGAUAAAUCCUAGAAAACCAGGAGGUGGUUUCCACAAGACAUUGCGGUGUUUAGUCGAGCACAAUGGCAUCCAAAACGCAGGAAGAAAAAAAAAUAAAAAAAAGAAGAAACAAAUAAACCUGAACAUGGCGUUAUCUUCAUACCUGACUGAGAGCAUCGAUGAGAAAUUCAAGGAGACCUUCCCAAAUGAAGUAAAUUGUGGACCAUUCAACGGAAAACUCAAUUCGUUUUCACUUGACACAAAGAGGAUGAAAAUGAAUCCAGAGUACAAAGAUGUGGAACUUCAACUGGAGUUUCUCAAUGCAGAGGAAAUUAAGAUGAAGAAGAAACUCGUCAAAAUCAUCCGCGAACGUAAGAAAACGAUCUACAGCAGUCUGAUGACAACAGUUGAGGAAUCAAUGCAGAAAUGCUAUGACGAUGCAAAAGGAAUUCGAGGAAAACACUCGCUGAAUAACAUGAGAGAAACGAUGAGGAAGCACGUUCAUGAUUCAAAAAACAUCAUGUUUAAGAAUGCUAGAAAGGUCAUGUUGAACCAGCUGAGAGAGUUAAGGGACGACAUCCUGAAGGACCUGAAAGAGACGAUGCAGGAAUCAAUCGAGCUGUCGCUCAAGACAGACGGUUACUCAAUCCCAGAUGUUGCAGAGGAGCUUAAUAUGGUGAAGAACCACUAUAAAGGACUGAAGGGAAGCGCAGAAGACGACCAGUAGUUUGUUCGUCCGCCAAGCUGAUGAGCAGCUGAUGAGCAGCUGAAGAGCCCGAACCCCUGGAGACGUGAGGCCUCUGGAUUUGGUCUCAACCAUUUUCAUCAACUCAUCCUAUUACAAUUCUCUUUGAUGUGUACUUUGAAUUAGCUUGUGGUAAUACAUAUUCAUAGCGAUUUGAGAUAUUAUAUGUUCAUGUGGCCUUUUAGUUUUUAAAUGAUUAAAGUUUGGACUUUGACAGAAGCUGUGUGUGGGGGGGGGGGAGCAGGAUGUCACAUUAUGGUUUAAGACUACAGCUCUCAGCCACCUAUGAUUACCAGUUUAAUGAUUUACUUUUUUCUUCUUGACUAUAUAUCUCUAAUACAUAUGUUUUAUGUCCAAUUUUUAAUUGUAGUUUAGCAGUUGGUAUUGAAAUUAAAAUGAUUUCAUGGGUGUUUAACAUAAAUCCUGAACAUUGGUCUGUGUGUACUGUGUGUUGAGCGUGGCAACAUUUUUAGGCUUUUUAAAGAUUUUUUUCUUUCAUUUUCAAAGAUAAAACUUGAUUGCUGCAAAAUAAUGUUUAAAUGUGUUAAUUGAUGUAUCAAAAAUUGGAUGGAACUAGAUGAUUGUAAUCAACCAACAAGCAUAUCUGGUUUCUUAUUAUUUAGUGAAUAAUUGUUUUGUCUUAAUAUACAUUCUACGUGCAUUGAUAGUAUUUUGCACGGUAAACUCUCAAAUAAAGUUAAUUUUCAAAGUGUCA